CUGCUGGAUCCAUAUCAAGCAUACUCUGUUCGAGUUUUGCCUCAGUUUUCAUUUCAAGGCCACAAUGGCCUACCAUGAAAACAGAGCACUCUCUGUUUUGCUCUGUUUUCACUCUCUCUUCUUCUUCUUCACGGUUCUGUUGAUGACUUCUUGCCGGGUUUCAGGCCAGGCAUCGCCGGUGUUUGCCUGCGACGCCACGAAGGAUCCGGCGGUGGCCGGAUACGGGUUCUGCGACCGGUCAUUGGUGGUGGACGCCAGGGUGGCUGACCUGGUGAAGAGGAUGACGUUGCCGGAGAAAAUAGCGAACCUGGUGAAUGCGGCGGCGGGUGUGAACAGACUUGGCGUUCCCAAAUAUGAAUGGUGGUCGGAGGCUCUUCAUGGUGUCUCAUACGUCGGUCCCGGAACUCGAUUUUCCAAUGCAGUUCCUGGGGCUACAAGUUUUCCGAUGCCUAUUCUCACUGCUGCUUCUUUCAACACUUCCCUGUUUGAAGCCAUUGGAAGGGUGGUUUCUACAGAAGCAAGAGCAAUGUACAAUGUGGGGUUGGCUGGUUUGACUUAUUGGUCUCCAAACAUAAACAUAUUCAGAGAUCCCAGAUGGGGAAGAGGCCAAGAGACACCAGGAGAAGACCCUUUACUUAGCAGCAAAUAUGCAGCAGGUUAUGUGAAAGGCCUUCAACAAACCGAUGAUGGCGAUUCAAACAAGCUCAAGGUUGCUGCUUGUUGCAAGCACUACACAGCCUAUGAUGUUGAUAACUGGAAAGGAGUUGAGAGAUACAGCUUCAAUGCUGUGGUGACAAAGCAGGAUUUGGAUGACACAUUCCAACCACCAUUUAAGAGCUGUGUGAUUGAUGGGAAUGUUGCUAGUGUCAUGUGUUCUUACAAUCAGGUCAAUGGAAAGCCAACCUGUGCAGACCCAGACCUUCUUAAGGGAGUCAUCAGAGGGGACUGGAAACUAAACGGGUACAUAGUUUCUGACUGUGAUUCUGUAGAUGUGCUUUUUAAAAAUCAACAUUACACUAAGACUCCUGAAGAAGCUGCAGCCAAGUCAAUUCUAGCAGGGUUGGACCUGAACUGUGGAAGUUCUCUGGGAAAAUACACAGAAGGUGCUGUCAAGCAAGGCCUUGUGGAUGAAGCAACCAUUGACAAGGCAGUGUCCAACAAUUUUGCCACAUUGGUGAGACUUGGUUUCUUUGAUGGUGAUCCAAGCAAGCAACCUUAUGGUGACCUCAGUCCAAAGGAUGUUUGCACUACUUGGAACCAGGAGCUAGCCCGCGAAGCUGCAAGGCAAGGGAUUGUGCUGCUUAAAAAUAAUAAAGGAUCACUUCCUCUUGAUGCAAAAUACAUCAAAUCCUUGGCAGUUAUUGGGCCAAAUGCUAAUGCUACUAAAACCAUGCUUGGAAACUAUGAAGGUAGUCCUUGCAAACUGAUAUCCCCUAUGCAAGGUCUAACAGCUCUUGUUCCUACAAGCUAUGCUUCUGGAUGUCCUGAUGUGAAAUGCAACAAUGCCUUGCUGGAUGAUGCCAAGAAGAUUGCAGCUUCUGCAGAUGCAACUGUGCUUGUAGUGGGUGCGAAUCAAGCUAUAGAAGCUGAGAGUCUUGACAGAAUUAACAUUACUCUUCCAGGACAACAACAACUUUUAGUUACUGAAGUUGCCAAUGUUGCUAAAGGGCCUGUGAUUCUUGUCAUCAUGUCUGGAGGUGGCAUGGAUGUGUCAUUUGCUAAGAAAAAUGAUAAAAUCUCAAGCAUCCUCUGGGUUGGCUACCCUGGCGAAGCUGGUGGAGCUGCCAUGGCUGAUGUCAUUUUUGGGUUCCACAAUCCUAGUGGAAGACUACCUAUGACAUGGUACCCACAAUCCUAUGUAGACAAGGUACCAAUGACCAACAUGAACAUGAGGCCAGAUCCUAAAACAGGAUACCCAGGCAGAUCAUACAGGUUUUACAAAGGAGAAACUGUGUUUGCAUUUGGAGAUGGAAUAAGCUACUCCACUGUAGAACACAAUCUAAUUAGUGCACCACAAUUGGUGUCAGUUCCCCUAGAAGAGGACCACACUUGUCGUUCUUUGCAGUGCAAGUCACUUGAUGUUGCUGAAGAACAUUGUCAAAAUUUGUCAUUUGAGGUUCACCUGAGUGUCAAGAACAGAGGAAGGAUGAGCAGCAGCCACACAGUGUUCAUGUUCUACAGUCCUCCUUCGCUACAUAGCGCGCCUCAGAAGCACUUGGUCGGGUUUGAGAAAGUGUUCUUGGCUGGAAAAUCAGAAUCACUUGUGAAGUUUAAGGUUGAUGUUUGUAAGGAUUUGAGUGUGGUCGAUGAACAGGGACACAGGAAAGUUGUCUUAGGACAACAUAUGCUUCAUGUGGGAGACUUGAAGCAUCCUUUAGGGAUAAGGAUUUGAAACAAGUCUUCAAAUCCUUAGCACAAGCUCAUUUUCCCUUAUUGGUUUCCUUAAAAAAGUCAUCAUUUUUAAAAGGAACCAGAAAUAAAUCUGAGGAAAUUGUAACAAGUGUGUCUUAUUUUUCCAAUUAAAUUAAUGGAAUCAAAGAUCUGAAAGCGAAAUUAUACUUUUCAA